UUUAUUUUGAAGCUAAUGUCCGUCCAGCUGUCCGCUCUGACAGGCUGGGAUAGAGGAGCUCCAGUCUGUCUGUGUUUCUGUCUGAUAAAACCCUGUUUUUACUGCAUAUUAUCUUGUGGAAGAUGCUGUGGAAUUUAGCUGCAGGCUCUGCCGUGUGCUGUGAGUGAGCGGAGCCGUGGAUCGGGGCUGUUAAAGACAGAAAUUGUGGGAGAGUGAGCCAGGCACCGCACCGAGACCCGUGUACACCUUUAACCCGUCGCCAUGAGGAUGUGUCUGCUUUGUUUAGCAUUCACUGUGCUUCCCUGUCCUGUUCCAGGUAGGAAGUGGGCAGUGGGACGUCACUGAGGAGUGAUGCCUGUUGAGAGUGGAAACAGUGGAGCCGCCCGUCAAGCCAAGCAGAAGCGCAAGUCGCACAGCCUCUCCAUCCGGAGGACCAACAGCACGGAGCAGGAGAGGCCCCCCAUCCACAGAGACAUGCUGGAGGGGCAGGAUUCCAAGCUGCCCAUGGCUCUGAGGAGCAACUUGCUUGACCUGUUUGGACAGAUUGAACGCGAGUUUGAGAAUCUCUACCUUGAAAACAUUGAAUUGAGGAGAGAGAUCGAGUCCCUGAACGAGCGCUUGGCUGGUGAAGGACAGACUGUAGAUGGAGGAGACCUUACUAAAGGAGCCCUGAAGACUAAAGCCAGUCACAGCACGAGUCAGCUGUCCCAAAAACUGAAGACUACAUACAAAGCCUCCACCAGCAAGAUCGUGUCCAGUUUCAAAGCCACCACCUCCCGGGCGGUUUGCCAGCUGGUGAAGGAGUAUGUGGGCCACAGGGACGGGAUAUGGGACCUGAGUGUGACCAGGACGCAGCCACUUGUCCUGGGCACGGCCUCUGCAGAUCACUGUGCCAUGCUGUGGAGCAUUGAGACCGGGAAGUGUCUGCUUAAGUAUGCUGGCCAUGCUGGAUCAGUUAACUCAAUCAAGUUUCAUCCCACAGAGCAGAUGGCUCUAACAGCUUCUGGCGACCAGACGGCUCACAUCUGGCGCUACAUGGUGCAGCUGCCUCUGCCUCAGCCGCCAGCCGACAUCAGUGCCUCUCUGGAUGAUGAUGUGGAUUUCUCUGAUAAAGACGAGGCAGAUGGAGAAGCCGAUGGGCCGAAUGAGUGUCCCACAGUGCGCGUGGCAACCACUACCCUGAAGAGCCACCAGGGCGUAGUGAUUGCUGCUGACUGGCUGGUUGGUGGGAAGCAGGUGGUCACUGCGUCGUGGGACAGAGCCGCUAACCUGUACGACGUGGAGACCUCCGAGCUGGUACACACACUCACAGGUCAUGAUCAGGAGCUGACCCAUUGCUGCACCCACCCCACCCAGAGGCUGGUGGUCACCUCGUCCCGUGACACCACCUUCCGGCUGUGGGACUUCAGAGAUCCCUCCAUCCACUCGGUCAAUGUCUUUCAGGGCCACACUGACACGGUGACGUCCGCCGUCUUCACAGUGGGAGAUAACGUGGUAUCGGGCAGCGACGAUCGCACCGUCAAGGUGUGGGACCUGAAGAACAUGAGGUCGCCCAUAGCCACUAUCCGCACCGACUCGGCCGUUAAUAGGAUAAGCGUGUCAGCGAACCAGAGAAUUAUCGCUCUGCCGCACGACAACAGACAAGUGAGGCUGUUCGAUAUGACCGGAGUUCGACUGGCCCGCCUCCCACGCAGCAACAGACAGGGGCAUCGGCGCAUGGUCUGCUGCUCAGCCUGGAACGAGGAGAACCAGGCGUGUAACCUGUUCACCUGCGGCUUCGACCGCCAGGCCAUCGGCUGGAACAUCAACAUCCCUGCACUGCUGCAGGAGAAAUGAACGCACACACACGUACACACACGUACACAUGUACACAUUCACACACAUACACACACCUCAGCCAUCCUAAUCAAACAGCCACAUGCUUACACGAAGCUAGGAAGGCACAUCUCUAAGCACAUACACACACACACAUAUAUAAACAACACACACUUACACACUUAAAACACACAAGUGCAACCAGAUCCUCAGUCGUCAUUCUUCAGUGAAGCACGUGUGGUAGGUGUUCCAGCGCUCAGACACAGCCACUUCUUCUGUCUGUGUGAUUCAUGCUAGAGCUUCAUCGCCAUUCGUCGGCCUCUGGUGAGAAUCACCAGGCGUUCACUCGCAGCUGUUUGAUGGACCCCCCAGUGUGCCGUCAUAUUCGAGCUUCUGACCUUGGCCUUCAGUAUGAUGUUGAUGAUGAUCAUGAUGAUGAUGAUUAUUUUAAUGGUAGAGUUUCAAUAUGGUGAUUUUCUGUCAUAUCGCACAUAUCUGGCUUAAAUGCUGUCUUUCAAUCGAGAGGUCAUUUAUUAUUAAUCGCGCUUCACCAGUCUUGGAGUUUUGGACGUUCUGCUUUGUUUUUGUUCCUCAUGGUUUAAAGAAGAACUGUGGUGUUAAAUGGACUUUUGGUGUAUUUAAAAAAAAAAAAAAAACAUGAUUAAAAAGUACUUACAUUUGAUGAAUAGCACACCACUGUUCUCCCACAGCUUUCUGAGAUCCAGAAAUUUUAACAGGUUGUCCAAACAUCCUUCAGACUGGGUGACACGGGGCAUAAUCUGCCCUGACAAAUCGCUUUUUCCACCGUUAUCCAGCUCAAAGUAGCUCCACACCUUCUUGCUAGAAUCUGGAAGACCUGACAUUUAAAACGAGGCAUUAAUAACUUCUAUAAUAAAACUGCACAAGAAGCUUAUUGAAAAACUCUGCAUAGCCUGCCUCCUGGUGCCAGCUGCUUCGCUAUGCAGAGUCUAUGUAUAUAUAUGUCUAUGUUAUUUUCAGUUCAGUGAUGGCGGCGCUCAGAGCUGAAGCUCACAUUAUAGGAUGUAAACAGUGUUUUUUAAUAAGCUUCUUCUGCUCUUUUUUAAGUUAUUAAUGCCUCGUUUUAAAUGUCAGGGCUCUCCAGAUUUUAGCAAGGAGGUGUGGAGCUACUUUGAGCUGGAUAACGGUGGAAAAAAUGACAUUUUUGGGGCAAAUUAUGCCCCGUGUCACCCAGUCUGAAAGGUGUUUUUGGACAAACUGUUAAAAUGUCUGGAUCUCAGAACGCUGUGGGAGAACGGAGGUGUGCUAUUCAUCAAAGAUAAGAACUUUUUAUCAUGUUUCAGUUUUGCUACACCAAAAGUCCAUUUUACACCAGAGUUCUCCUUAAAGAUGGUUUAAAGAAAGUUAUCAAAGGUCUUCACGCUUUGGGUUUCCUCCAAAGCUGACCUAAGCUGUUUUCGUUCAGUUUCUGGUUGCCUAGUUUUUGAUUUUGUGCAAUUUUCAGUGUGUUCUAUGAACAGAUAUUUCUUUUUUUUUUAAUUUCUUGUGCACAAGAUACAUUAUAUAGAGUUCUGCUUUGCUUUCUAAUGUCUGAUGACGAAUAUAGAACUUCAAACAGUCUUUGUAAAGAAGGACGGAUGGCAGUCGUGAGCAGUAAAAGACGCGCUCUUUCUUUCUGCUGGAGAACAGUAUUGCUUCAAUCCAUCUGCAUGACCAAUCUUGCUGUCUGUCAGAAAAUCUGUUGAUUUAAAAUAAGUGCUGUUGUGAUCGCUGUGUAAUCUGGUUUUCCUCGGUGAAAAAUAUAAAAUGUGAACGUGUUGAUGGAGUUUGUGAAUAGAGUUGACCAUGUUUAUAGCCCUAAGGAUUCCUAAACCGUCAAAAGUCAUGGAUGUGUGGGGUUUACUUUCAUUUGCAAAGUCUUGUAGAGGACAAUUCAAUUCGUGUAAUGGUCAGAUCAGUGAAUAAAUAGGAUUCAUCUGCAGUAGACAUUCCAGAAAUAAAUCAAUAAUUUAAGCAUUAAGAUAUUAAAACAUACUGAAUAUUACUGUACAUAGUCAUAUCUAAAUAUUAUGACCACCCCCUUGCUUUUACUGUCAAUUGUCCGUUUUAUCAGAUCCACUACAAUAGUUUUAUAAUUCCAGACUGUAGUUCUGUAUCUGUUUCUCUGCUUACUUUAUUAUUAUUCUUAUUUCAGCCUGUUCUUUAAUGGUUCUUAAAAGCAGUUAUUGUUAUUAUUCUCAGCACUGCAGUGAUUAGCACUGAUUAGCAUGGUGGUGGUUAAUGUCGUGUUAGUGUUUGUUAGUUGUGCUGGUUGUAUAAGUAGAUCAGACACAGCAGUGCUGCUGGAGUUUUUAAACACUGUACAGCUGCUUCACCUUGUAGAUAAACUAAAGUCUAGGGCUGCAAUAAUUAGUCAAUAUAAUCGAAAAUGUGGAUUAUUUAAAUUUGUCGACUACAGAUUUCAGUACCACUUUAAAAUAAGACUCCUUUAUAAAGAGUUUAUAAAUUGUUUGUAAAGAAGUUUAUUACUGGUUAUUAAUUAGGGUAUAAACUAUUAUUAAGUAGUUACAACACAAACAGGAAGGGCAUCAGUGGCCUGUCAUGUACCAAAUAGUGAUUCCAUAUUCGUUUAUACUGUUAAACCUCAGAUCUUACUAGAUACUUAUCUUACUUUGUCUUUUCCAUCAGUCAGCCAUUACAUUUCUGUUUAUAUCCUUAUUUAUUUAACUUUAAUUACAUAUUAAAUUUCUAAACUGACUUUUAAACGGUCUGUUUUUUAAUUAGAUAUGUUUAAAAAAAAGUCAUUGUCACUGUUGUUCUUUCUAUUUAUGUGUUGUAAGUGCUUAUUAAUGUUUUUAAAGUAUUUACAACUUAAUUUAUAACCAUUUAAUAAACUUCUUUGUAAACUGUUAUAAACCCUUUAUAAAGGAGCCUUAUUUUAAAGUAGUACCCAAAUUUAAUUGUCAAAUAAUCACUAUUUUGUAACAGUCCAGCAUUAUAAAGUGCUAGGGACUGAAAUACAAUGAAAGACUCACACAGUUUACACUUAACUUGGUUUGUCUCUCCAAAAGUGCCUAAACUCAUACUACAACAGAUUACAUAUUUACCAACUAAAUAUAUCAGUAUUUUCUAUGUUUAAACAACAUCCGGACAUUUAAAUGCCUUUUAAAUUUCCUGUUUUGCUGUUUUUCUGUUGUUCUGUAAUAAUGAAAAAUAUGAAAUAAUCAUGGACUAAUCAACCAAUUGAAAAAAUUAUAAUCAGAUUAGUCGACUACCAAAAUAAUCAUUAGUUGCAGCCCUAGUAAAGUCAGAGACAGAAACUCUAGAAUUAGCUUUUUGCACAGUUUACAGUGAUGGUCUUUUUUUCUAGUCCUUUAUCAGUAAGCACAGGAUAGUUGUUGGUCUAUUCUCAGUCUAGCAGUGACAGCAGUGAGUUGUUUAAAAACUCCAGCAGCACUGCUGCUGUAUCUGAUCCACUCAUUGUACCAGCACUACAACACACACUAACACCUCAUACACCACUACCAUGCUAAUCAGUGCUAAAAGGAGGAUGAUAAUAAUAAUAGAAAAGUAUGCAGAGAAACAGAUACAGAACUACAGUCUGUAGUUAUAGAAUUAUAGAACUACAAAGUGCUCAGAUAUGAUCACAUAUGAGCUGAUCAAAUGGACACUAGAACAAGGAAGAAACAAGGAGAUGAUAAUAAUAUUCCAGUAUGUCUGUGUACUAAUCUGCUCUUAAAGCACAUUCUUGCGUCUGCUGCACACGAGCAGAUGCUGCAGCUGUCUUCGGUCUUCAAGUCCUCCUGCUGUCAUUCAGCUCCAUCGAUUUCCAGCAGCUGAACUCAUAAUUCAAUUCAUAAAGAAAAAAUGUGAAACAUGAAAAGAUCCCAUAAACAGUCAGUGAAUAGUUGCUGUAAUCAGUAUGAAUCCACCGUGCUAGUGGUGGAGUUCUGUAUGGCUGUUGUGUCCUCUUCAGAAGAAGCUGUAAUGAUGGUGGGUAACUUUUGAAUGAGGCCUGUGUGCCGUGACUAGACAAUGUAAAUAAAUGUCUUUGUCAGAA